AUGUAUCACACACACUUGAGGGUCGCGGCCCUUUUCGCUACCGUUGUUCACGGUGUUACAUGCAGCGUCAACUAUACCGAGCUGCAAGGGCAACUAUCCAGCGCUGCUUCCAUCUACUUGCCGGGAUCGGCUGCAUUCGAUGAUGCAGUAGCACGAUGGUCCAACUUGAGCACCCCCACGAGCAACGUGGUUGUCGUUCCAGUGACUGAGGACGACGUCGUCACGACGAUCAAGUUCGCAAACGAAAAUGGAGUACCAUUUCUGGCUACUAAUGGUGUGCACGGUUCCAUCACGACUUUGGGUCAAAUGGCAUCUGGCAUCGAAAUUUAUCUGAGCCAGUUGAACAGCAUUGAGAUUGCUGCAGACGGUGAAACGGUCAAGAUCGGCGGUGGCGUUCGCUCCAGAAAUCUGACGGAUGCGCUAUGGGCUGCAAACAAGCAGACAGUUACUGGAACCUGCGAGUGCGUUAGCUACCUUGGGCCGGCACUUGGAGGUGGGCAUGGCUGGCUUCAGGGCCAUCAUGGUCUGGUCUCCGACCAGUUCGUCUCUUUGAAUGUUGUAUUGGCCAACGGCAGCUUGGUCACCGUUGACGAGAGCUCUGAUCUCUUCUGGGCCAUGAAGGGCGCCGGGCACAACUUUGGCAUUGUUACCUCGGUGACUUCCAAGAUCUAUGACUUGGAGAAGCCAAACUAUGCCGUCGACACUAUCUUCUUUAGUGGUGAUCAGGUCGAAGAGGUCUACCAGCUCGCAAAUGAGUUGUGGAUCACCAAUGGUACUAUGCCUGAUGACCUCAACAACUGGUCUUACUGGUUUUACGACCCUACUAUUGACGCUGACAAGCCUGUGAUUGCCAUGUACAUCAUUCAGGAGGGAGUCGACGUGGUUGACACGGCUUACACCCAACCUUUCAUGAAUCUCGGCCCCAUCAUGAGCCAACCUCAGAACGGCACCUACCUAGACUUGGCUGCGUGGACCGGAAUCUCCUUGUCGGACGGCCCCUGCCAAAAGACGGGCAACGCCAACCCCCGCUUCCCCAUCUAUCUCAAGGAAUACAGCCCGUCCGCUCAAGCCCAGGUAUACGAGCUAUUUAGACAGGCCACUACCAACGAUUCCACCCCCUUCAGCGGAGCUCUCUUCAUGUUUGAAGGCUACUCCCAGCAAGGAGUCAAAGCAGCUGCCGACGACGCCUCGGCCUUUGCUUACCGCUCUGAUAACCUCCUUGUUGCACCACUGCUCACUUAUGCUCCUACGGGUCCCGAGGUGGAGCAGGCGGCGUAUGAUCUUGGCAACCAAAUCCGCGAUAUCCUGUUCCAGGCUAGCGGAGAGAGCAGCCUGCACACGUACGUCAAUUACGCGUAUGGAGACGAGACGGCUUCGGCCUGGUACGGAAGCGAUGCGAGCCGCCAGGACCGCCUACGAGCCCUCAAGUCGGCCUAUGACCCUUCGGCCGAGUUUAGCUUUUAUGCCCCGAUUGUUUGA